UGGUUGACAAAUAGGACAAAUGUGCUAGAAUUCUCUAGGUAGGAAUAUCGCAAAAACAAUAUGAUCAAUGGCUCAUUCGAGAGAAGACAUCCUUUCCGAGUUAUGACAUCGGCCAGUAUUGAAAUCUGACAUCAGUGACAGGAAUGAUAGAUGUUUUCGCGAUCUAAAAGUACUAUUCCAAUGAACUUUCAGUGUAGCGAGAGAGACUUUAUCACAGUGCUACAUCAUACCGGACGAAUUUCUACCUGCUUGAACGCCAAUAAAUUAGACACACAUGAAAACAUGAAACUACCCAGGGAAUCAAUAGAGCAUCACUCGGAGAUGCACAAAAACAAUAUAACACUGAACAUGGGUGAACCUUUCCUUUAAGAUAGUGAGAGUGAAAUACCGCUAGUAAGCAGUUUUUUUGUUGGACAGUUCUGUCCAGCAACGAUUCCGUUUCCUCAAACCAUUUCCUAGUAGGACCGGUAUGUGCGUAAAGAGAGAGGGGAAACGUGACGUCACGGAAUAGCUUUCUACCCCCAAACUCUCGUUUGGUUUUUGCAGAUUUGAAUCGAAUAUAGAAUUUAUGUCUCUCGUUUUAAUUUCACCAGCGUGUGUUGUGUUUCAUAAAGAAUAUCGUCAUAUAAUGCAAUUGAAGAACGUUGCAUAGUAACAGCAUUCCUGGUUUUGGAAGAAAAAAAAGAGGAUAAUUUCUAAGGUGUUGAGUUUUAGUCUGAAUUAUAUUUAUUUCCAACUGGAGGAAAAUAUCAAAUUGUAAUGGCAGAAAACAAUUUCCCUCCUCUGCCUGGCUUCAUCCCUCUGAAGCCAUGUUUCUAUCAGGACUUCAAUGAGAUCCCAGAUGUACACCGCUCCAUCUGCAAGAAGCUCUACUACCUAUGGAUCUUCAACAGUGCCACCUUGGCGGUCAAUCUGAUUGGCUGCCUGGCAUGGAUGUGCGGCGGGGGCGGAGCCACUAACUUUGGCAUGGCUAUUCUGUGGCUCAUCCUGUUCACCCCCUGCUCCUACGUGUGCUGGUUCAGACCCAUCUACAAGGCCUUCAAGACUGACAGCUCGUUCAACUUCAUGGCGUUCUUCUUCGUGUUCAUGGCCCAGGUGGUGAUCAGCAUCAUCCAGUGUAUAGGCAUUCCAGGCUGGGGCAUCUGUGGCUGGCUGGCUACCAUCACCUUCUUCAGCACCAAUAUAGGCUCCGCUGUCGUCAUGCUGAUCCCCACCAUCAUGUUCACUGCCAUGGCUGUCCUCUCCUUCACCGGGCUCACCAAGGUGCACAACAUGUACCGUGGCACUGGGGGCAGUAUGAGUAAAGCCCAGGAGGAGUGGACCACCGGGGCCUGGAAGAACCCUCACGUCCAGCAGGCAGCGCAGCAGGCCGCCGUGGGGGUGGCACAGGGAGCCAUGCAGCAGCAACAGCCCCAGUACUCACAGGCACCCACCUACAAUUAUGACGACCCGGGCAUGUAGGGCAGGGAGGAGGAGAGGGUGGGAGGUAAGGGGUGAGGAAUAGCCAGGGUGACAGUCUGUUUCUGAUCUUGCGUCAGUUGUUAUGAGAGCAGAAACUUAGCCUCCCAGGCUAGGUGAAGGACAGACUGGGGAGAUGAAAAGGGAUGAUCAUCAAAUGAGAACCACAAUUCACGAUUACAUUCAGAUAAUUCUUAGAUAACAAAAAUAUAUACAGUGGGGAGAACAAGUAUUUGAUACACUGCCAAUUUUGCAGGUUUUCCUACUUACAAAGCAUGUAGAGGUCUAUAAUUUUUAUCAUAGGUACACUUCAACUGUGAGA